GAGGAGGGACAUAGAGGGAGGAGCCAGUGCACACCAGUAUUCCUAAUUCUUUCUUAGAGGGCCCAUGUCUCCUGCGGAGCCCGUCUGUUCCCACAUGGUCCUUACGGAGUUCCCAGCAUCCACUACGGACGUUAGAGAAAUAGAUUUACCAGUAAGUAAAAUCUUAUUUUAGUCUCUUCCAUUAUAAUGUCCUAUUAUCCUUUAGUAACCUCGUAACUCAUAUGAGAAUAAUCACUGGUUCCUCUGCACUCAUAUCACACUGAGCUGAGUGACUGUGAGAUGAUCACAUUCCCGUGGUGUGUGCAGAGACAAUGGCGGCAUCCUGGUGCAUCAGCUGGCAGUAGGUGUGACAGAAUCAGUAGCAUGUGUUACCCAUCUAUGGUCAGUGCUGGGUCUGAGUAAUGUGUAAUCUGUACAGGCUGAGGGUAGAGUACAAGGAUUAUGUAAUUUUCUUUAAGCACUACUAAACCAUAUGUACUAUAAACAUACUGGUAUUUGUUGUAGGAGGACAGAGCUUUAUGUGCUGCACAUAUGACUGGAAAUGAGGAUAUUUCACUUUGGCAGUAAACACAAUUAUAAAAAAAUGGAUAAAUAAGUAUUUGAGCUUUCUAUCUGAUCAAGCCAAUUAAAGACGUAGUUUCUUCAUAAACCUCUGGAGGAUUCACAGAAACGAUUCUCAUUUUCUGGAUCGAAGAAAUGUUCAACCUCUAAUUUUGUUUCUCAUCUAAUACAUGAUGAGUCUCACAGGAGAGAAACGUCAUCUGUGCUCUGAGUGUGACAAACGCUUUACAUAUAAAUCACAGCUUCACAUACAUCAGAAGAUUCACACAGGAGAGAGACCGCAUCUGUGCUCUGAAUGUGAAAAAAGCUUUAGAGAUAAACCACAACUACUCAUACAUCAGAGGAGUCACACAGGAGUGAAACCAUUUACAUGUUCUGAAUACAGCAAGUGUUUCACUUCCAAAACACAACUUGUUAGACAUCUGAGGAGUCACACAGGAGAAAAACCAUUUAAAUGCAAUGAGUGCAGUAAGUGUUUUUCCCAUUGGACACAACUUGUUAGACAUUUGAGGAUUCAUACAGGAGAGAAACCAUUUAAAUGCUCUGAAUGCAGCAAGUAUUUUUCCACAAAGCAAGAGCUUGUUAGACAUCAGAGGAGUCACACAGGAGAGAAACCAUUUACAUGUUUUGAAUGCAGCAAAUGUUUCACUUCCAAAACACAACUUGUCAGACAUCAGAGGAGUCACACUGGAGAAAAACCAUUUAAAUGUUCUGAAUGCAGCAAGUGUUUUUUUUAUAAGUCAAAUCUUGUUACACAUCAUAGGUUUCACACUGGAGAAAAACCAUUUAAGUGCUCUGAAUGCAGCAGAUGUUUUAAAAGCAAGUGUGGGCUUCAUAGUCAUAUAAGGAUUCACACAGGAGAGAAACCAUUUACAUGUUCUGAAUGCAGCAAGUGUUUCACUUCCAAAACACAACUUGUCAGACAUCAGAGGAGUCACACUGGAGAAAAACCAUUUAAAUGUUCUGAAUGCAGCAAGUGUUUUUUUUAUAAGUCAAAUCUUGUUACACAUCAUAGGUUUCACACUGGAGAAAAACCAUUUAAGUGCUCUGAAUGCAGCAGAUGUUUUAAAAGCAAGUGUGGGCUUCAUAGUCAUAUAAGGAUUCACACAGGAGAGAAACCAUUAAAAUGUUCUGAAUGCAGCAAGUGUUUUUCCCAGAAGUCAUAUCUUGUUAUGCAUCAGAGGAUUCACACAGGAGAGAAACCAUUAAAAUGUUCUGAAUGCAGCAAGUGUUUUUCCCAGAGGCAUCAUCUUGUUUCACAUCUGAGGAGUCACACAGGAGAGAAACCAUUUAAUUGCUCCUGAAUGCAGCAAGUGUUUUUCUGAUCAUUCAAAUUUUGAAAAACAUAAGAAGAAUCACAUAGGAGAGAAGCCAUUCAAAUAAUCAGGCUCUGACAUGUGUUUUUUACUAGAAAGAUAAUACUUAGUAAUUACAUGAGGAGUCACUCCUAGGUCCUGAAUGUAGCAUGUGUUUAAUGUGUAACUUGUAUUUGUAGAAUAUGCAUUCAAGGGAGCAAAUAUUUAUUUUCUGAAUGUUUUAAGUGUUUCAUAGAAAUAAGUCUUGAUAAAGACAGGAGAGAUGUGGACCUUUCCCCAGUCAUUCUCUCUUUUAGAAUCUAGAGCUGUGAUAUAACAGACUAUGGAUGAGGCUGCCAUUACUGAGCUCUGUACUAUACAGUUGUUCUGUUCAUGCAGGUGCUGGGACUAGUAGUAUAAAGCUUUCUAUCCAGGACAUAGUUCCAGCAGCUCCUCUCAGUACUGGGUUUCCUUCUAUGACUGGCAGAGUAAUGGACAUUUAUUCAGGAAUCCUGCACUCUGCGCUUUAUCACCCUACAGGUCUCUCCUCUGGUCUUAUACUUCAUUAUUCUUUCCCUCAUACAUUUUUUUUUCAUAAUUCUUUAUUUUGAAUAGUCAAUCAGAAACCAUAAAUCCAAAAAUAAGGCAACAUGAACCCAAUACAGACCAAGUUUUAAAUACAUUAAGAAACAAGAAAACAGAAAAAAAGUCAUAACAUUGAGGAGUGGGUUAUAUGGGAGGUUAGGAGGGGGGCUGAGGUGCCACGAAACAUAAUCAGAAGUGUAGAUACGCAUUGAACAUCGCCAAUAAAAAUAAUCAAAAUACAACAGUAUAGGUGGGUGGAAAGAAAGUUGAUGAGGAAACAACAUUCGCCACCGAUGGCUCCAUGCAUAAUGGUAGCGUUCAAUAGAAAGGGGAUGGUAAUUUAUGCUGAGCAAACAACCAAGGAGCCCAAACUUGGUUAACAACACGUCCUUGAUCAUGACGUUAAUAAGUUAUUAAGGCCGCAACAUGCCAAAUCUGGGUUUUAAGUGCAGAAAGAGGCAGGGGAGAGGUCUUUUUCCAAUUGAGAGCAAUCAGGGAUUUCGCUACCACCAAAAUGUGUUAGGGACAACUUCCUUGAAAAUUUGCAGGCCAGGGGGUGGGUAGUACAAUAAAAUAUCCAGGGGUCUAUUGAUAUAGUAGCUUCCAGAAGAGAAAUUGGUAUCUUGCCACCUUUAAUUUUGUUAUCUAGGUAUUAUAUUGUAAAUUUAUGCAACUAAGACACUGAUCACCUGUAUUCCAUAUUAACCAAUCAUUAUAACAUUUGUUAGCUUGCUGGCACUUGACAAUAAAUAGCUGAUAUCUGGUUCUGUAGAUAUAUUGUAUGGCAUGAAAUUUUGAAGACUUGAAAAAAUUCUGUUUUGAGAAAGACAAAA